AUGGCACUAGUAGCUGUGAAACACCCAUGGCUGUCGUUGACGGUGGGUGCCAAUGUCUUCUUGCCCGGAUUCGCCGGAGCCUUUGGGAAGUACCUCAUUGGCUUUUCCUUGCAGUCAAAAGAGCGGACCAACCAGAUGGCGUUUACCACCCUGUCACGCCCCUUUUUGCCAGAAAACGGCUUGCUUGGAGCGCUCAUUUACCUGACCCUGCCAGUAUGCUUUCUGGGCACCUGUCUCUGGUGGUCCGAAGCAAUCCGUGCCAAGCACCAGACAGAGGGCCCGCAGUCCCCAGAGAUCUUCUACCUGACGCGCGCCUACAAACCUGAAUGGCGCCUUUGGGAAAUCGAGCGCUUUCUUCGGAAGAUGUCUCUGAGUGUGGUGGCAACCAGCCUGUCGGUCACCUACUGGGAUUCGGUGCACCUGUUCCUGCUUUUUGGGAUCCUUCUCUCCUCCUUGCUUCUCAUCGCAAUUUGCAGGCCCUACAAGCUGCACCGCUGGAAUAUCACGGAGGCAUUCCUGCUGACCACUGCCCUCAUUACAAUCAGCCUUGUCUCCAUGCUGCAGGCAAAUGAGGCGCACUGGGCGACGGAUUUGGAGGCGGGGAAGGUCCUGGCAACCGUCAUCAUCCUUCUGCUCGCUGUGAUCUGUGGAAACAUGAUGUUUCUGGUGAUGGUGACGCUGUAUCAGGAGUGGCAGUGGAAGGCAGGGCGGCAACAGAGGCCCUCAGAGGAAGUCGAGGAUAUGACGAUUGGUGUGGAGUUUGGUCAUCGAUACGUUGAUAUCGAGGGGGAACACAUUAAACUCCAGAUCUGGGACACUGCUGGACAAGAAGCGUUCAGAUCAAUCACGAGAGCCUACUACCGCGGCGCCACUGGUGCACUGCUGGUGUACGACAUCACCCGACGGGCCUCCUUUGACCGCCUGGCGCAGUGGCUCAUGGACGCGCGGCAGAAUGCCCAGCCGAACAUGGUCAUCAUGCUCAUCGGCAACAAGUGCGACUUGGAUCGCCGUGAAGUGAGCUUCGAGGAGGGCGCCUGGUUCGCCCGACAGAACGGUUUGUUCUUCAUGGAGACAUCGGCCAAGACAGGCCAGAAUGUGGAAUCAGCCUUUCUGGACACAGCCAAGCAAAUCUAUGAGAGCCUUCAAGCAGGUUUGUUCGACAUGAGCUCCGACGCUCAUGGCAUCACAGUUGGCAUAGGGCCAUCUGUGCGCCCGCAGCCGCGAGAGCACGUCAACUCCCUGCAGUUUGCUUGCUGGGCGGCCCCAGUGCUGUCAGAAGGAGAUUUGGGCUCUGCAGUUUCAAAGUAA